GAGAGGGCAUUAACGGCUAUACUAACGGUAGUAGACCAGGAGCAGGCAGUGGUAGGGGCAGACGAACACCAAGUAGUAAACCUCUAUCUAGAACUAGAAGUGCAACUUCUAGUACAAGAAGUAUUCCCUACCGCCUCUUCAAGAACAGCUUUCGUGGAGAUUGCCGACUCUGGGCUACGUCAGAUGGAUUGGAGUUCGAUUUUUCGAAAGCCGCAUCUUCUAUAGCUAAAUCCGCUUUCGCAUCAUGGUCAGAACAAUCUUCCUCACUCGGGUGGACAGGGGUCAAGAUUUGUGCCCCAGGAGACUCCCGGACACGCGCUGUGGAGGGACGGGUGAUCCAGCGGCGACUUGAGCUGAGCGCGAUGCAUCCCUGGCGGCUUGAGGAGAACAAUUACCAGAGACACAGCCACCGACACGGAACCUCGCAAAUAGUUUCUCCGGAGUUCAGUGUUGUAGAAGAAGCCGGCUCAUCAGUAGGGUCAGCGAUAAUGAUGCAGAGCAAGAAGAAGAAGAAGCUUGGUGAAAGUGGCGUGGAGGAGACUCUUAAGUCGAGCAAGGAACAGCAAGCAGUGGCCCAGCUCCCGACAACUGAGGCAGAAGAAGAGCGAACUUUUUUGCGUGAGGCUGUACAGCGGGCAAGCGACUCUUCAUCGUCUACGGUGGAGGAAGAAAGGGGCAAACAGAGGAGCAACUCUUUUACUUAUACUUCCUCAACGGCAACAACUGCUAGUUUGAG